AUGAUGGCAGUAUCGGAACAACCUUCGUCUCAGACAUCGCCUGCGAGUCUGCCUCCUAAUGUUGUUACCUUACCGCAGACAGCUCAGCUCGAGGCAUUGUAUACCAUUAUCAGGAACAAGGAUACCUCGAGAGGUGAUUUUAUCUUCUAUACGGACAGGAUUAUAAGGCUAUUGGUCGAGGAAGGUCUUAACCACUUACCUGUCAUUCCCAAGACUGUUGAAACCCCUACCGGCGAAAAGUAUGAGGGUGUCGGAUUUGAAGGCCGAAUUUGUGGAGUCUCGAUCUUACGCGCUGGGGAGGCCAUGGAAGCAGGUCUUCGUGAAGUCUGCCGCAGUGUACGAAUCGGAAAGAUUUUGAUCCAGAGAGUAAAUCUUGAACUCUCACAGGACGAGGAAACUGCCCAAGCCAAGUUGUUCUAUUCCAAGCUUCCUGAAGAUAUUUCUCAACGUUAUGUACUGCUCCUUGAUCCCAUGCUUGCGACUGGUGGUUCAGCGAUCAAAGCAGUGGAAGUGCUGAAGGAGGCUGGUGUUCUCGAGGAGCGAAUCAUGUUUUUGAAUCUUGACAUUUUGUGGAAAAUACCCGCUUUGCGUAUGAUCACUGGCUGGAUCGACAAAGGCCUUAACGAGAAGGCAUACAUCAUCCCUGGGCUUGGGGACUUUGGAGAGCGGAGGUAA